AUCGAUUUUGUUCCCGCCAAAUAAAGAUUUUUCUCUCGUUUCCCUGUUCUCUCGAUUUCUCCUGUCAAUGGCGAAAACAACAUCCGCUGAGAAACAAGAACUCGAAGAGAAAUCGAAUGGACUCGAGAUCAUUUCCAUCGGUUCUCUCUACAAAGGUCGCUGGGACAAGAAAUACUGGAGCAGCUCUAGGGGAAAAGAUCGCUAUCCAUAUCCAGUUGGCUUCCAAGCAAUUAGAGCCUAUAAUGGGACCACAUAUAAGAUGGAAAUUCAUGAAGGUGUUAGUGGGCCUAGAUUCGUGAUUACAUCUGCUGACGGGUAUUCCUGCUCUGGAAAAACUCCGGACAUUGCCUGGGAGGAGUUUCAGAAAAGAGGUUGCCCCCGGAUGAAGAUUUGGCAUGGGAAGAGACUUUCGUCCAAGAUGGAUGGCUUGGAGCUUUUCGGGUUCAAAAAUUCAUUUGUACAAAGGUUUCUCCGGGAACUGGUGGCGGAUUUAAAUGGAAUAGCUGAACAGAGCUUGAACUUGUGCAAUGAGACCUCUAGACUAGAGCAUGAUGAUUUCCGCCAAAAUGUUGGCACACAUCCUGACUUGCUACCUUGUCUGGGAAGACCGCAGGCUAAAGGGAAGAGAAGUAGGAGAUGCGAAAGUAAAAAUAAUAAGUUACGUGGGGGAAGUAUCCUUAAAAGACCUCGGCCUCAGGAAUUUAUUUGUAGUAGCAUAGCUUCAAUAAAACGCAAAGUUUCAGAAGAGAAUGAAGCCCGAAAUACUGGUGUUUCAGCAUCAAUGCACAUAACAUCUUCUGUUGGGGAAAGCCCAAAUUGCUUUUCACUAAAAAAUGGUUUUUCAUCAAAUCAGAUUAUUUCUGAUGAUCAGGAGAGGAGAAUCGUGGAUGCAGAAACAAGUGGGUUUGUUGACUCUAAAAACAGCAAAGCUGUGGAAAUCACUGAUAGCUUUUCCAAGGAUGAACAUUUUCAUAGGUCACAUGGAGAUGAGCCAAAUACAUCUAAGUUUUUGGCCGCAAGAGAAAACAAGAAAGAGUCAGAAGAUUGUUGUGACAUUGAUCUGUGUGCUCCAGAUGCCAUAGAUUAUGCCCAAGAAAAUACUUCUAAUUCUACUCCAAGUGCCCUGGAUAAGAAUGCUUACAAUGAGAGAGCCUAUCAAAUUGCCUCUGGAGAAGCAUUGAGCAUAGAAGUCAAUGAUGUGGCAAAGUCAAUGAUGAGAGUUCUGCUUCCUCAAGUAAUUCCUUUUCUGAAGGAUUCAACAACUGAAAAUUUAACAAUUAACCCUUCAGAGAAACUACCUUCUACUAUGAAGUCCAGCCAAGAAGACAAUAAAAUUGGAAACGUCUUGGAAGCAGCAUCUACUGUGGUGAGUGAGAAUGCCUAUGUGGAAAGAGAGGAUAAGUUGCAUACUAAAACUACAGGCGUCAGUUUAGUUAUUGCUGACAGUUUUGAGCCCAGCCAGUGUGAGGAUCAUAAAUCCGACCAAGCAAUAUUGUAUUCUGAUAUUGCUGAAGCUAGCAGAGCUAGUUUUGAUGAAGAAACAUGUUCUCCAACAAGUCAUGAACAGCAUGCCAGUGGUGUUUUGCCAAAUGAAUCUUCAGACUGCCAUGCUGAUAUCAAGCCAACUGAAAAUAAAUUCCACCAUUCUUCAGAGUUGGACUCUGAAGGCUUGCCUCAGCAUUUUGACAUCUGCAUUCCAGAUUCUGUUCUUGAAUACACGCCUCCUUCGGAUAUCAUUAUUUCUGAAAGCAACAAUGAUGCUUGCGCAAAUAUGGAAGAAAAUUCAAAUCAAGUUGGAUUGAAUUCUAUGGAAAAGAACCAUAAGGCUGCGCAUAAUUUUGAAAUAUUCAUUCCUGAUUCUGUUCUAGAACACCCACCUCAAGACAGAGUUGUUUCUAAGAGCAGCAAUGAUGCUUGCACAAAUAUGGAAAAAAAUUCAAAGCCAGUUGGAUUGAAUUCUAUUGAAAAUGGCCAGAAGGCUGCAAUUGAUCUUGAUAUCUGCAUUCCUGAUUCCGUCUUAGAACACAAACCUCCUCUGGAUAGGGUUAUUUCUAAAUGCAACAAAGAUGUUUGCACUAACAUGGAAGAAAAUUCAAACCAAGUUGAACUGAAUUCUAUGGAAAAGGGCCAUAAAGCCGCACAUGAUUUGGACAUCUGUAUUCCUGAUUCUGUUCUAGAGCACACCCCUUCUUUGGACAGAGUUCUUUCUGAAAGCAACAUUGCUGCUUGUACAGAUAUGGAACAAAUGUCAAACCAAGAUGAAUUGACUUCUAUGGAAAAGGACCAUAAGGCUGCAAAUGAUUUUGAUAUCUGCAUUCCUGAUUCUGUUCUAGAAGACAGAGUUCUUUCUAAAAGCAACAUCGCUGCUUGUACAGAUGUGGAACCAAAUUCAAACCAAGAUGAAUUGACUUCUAUGGAGAUCUAUAUGGAACAAAUUUCAAACCAAGAUGAAUUGACUUCUAUGGAAAAGGACCAUAAGGCUGCAAAUGAUUUUGAUAUCUGCAUUCCUGAUUCUGUUCUAGAAGACAGAGUUCUUUCUAAAAGCAACAUCGCUGCUUGUACAGAUGUGGAACAAAAUUCAAACCAAGAUGAAUUGACUUCUAUGGAGAAGGAACACAAGGCUGCAAAUGAUUUUGAUCUCUAUAUCAGCAAUGCGCCUGAAAGAAAUGCAGGGGAUGGAGUUGCGGGUAAAACAAGUGCAAUGGCCUUGCCUUCUAUUCAAGCACCAAUUAUAGCAUAUACCAGAAGAAAGUCCAGAACUGUUGAUCCUCUCACGGGACGUUGUCUGUUCCUAGAAAAUGCCAAAACUGACGAAGAUGGAGAACUUGUGACUUCUAAAAUAAAUACUGCCAAGGGCACUUCGCCUCCCUCAGAAAUCGUUCAGUUGCACGCUUCUGGUAAUGAACUGUGUGAACCGGUUUUGUUGGCUAAUCAAGCAAGGGAUGAAGUGCAGUCCGAUGAUUUGCAAAGAGAUAAUUCUGUUACAAAUUCUCAAGUUAAACAGAUCCCGAUUGAGCCAGACAGCGGACCAUGUUUACGUGUCUCUAAAGAUAAUAUUUUGUGCCCUGAUGAUCUUUCUGUUUCACAUGUAGAAACACUACCAAUUCGUAGUGAUUUGCCGGUUGGCUACAGCAACCUUGCUGAGUUGAAUAACUCAGUUUCUUGCUGGGAUCCGAAACCAAGUUCUGGUGAGAAUAACUGUUCUUCCAAGGAAGCACAAGUUAUUUCAGAACUAAAUUCUCACAGAAACGAUGAUAUCGGUGAUAAUCUGGGUAAAACCGAGAGGACUUUGUUCACCUACAAGGUGUUUAUUAAGGAACCAAAUGUUGGGUGCCCAUCUUUCAUUGCCCACUCGUCAUUACGGCUUCCUGAUCCAAAACAUAACUUCAUUAGAGAAACUCUGGUCGAAAGAUCUGGCGUGCAGUUAACUCCUGAUGGGCAGUAUAUUGUCUUACUUGGCAGCAUAAAAACUCCCAAUUGCAGAGAUAUAGUUGAGGAUUUCAUCAUACCAGCUGAUGACUCAAUCUCCCCCGGCAUAGUGGAAUUGAAGAGGAUUCCAAAGUGUACUCAUUUGAUAGUUGCCUUAAAUAAUGUUGGCGAAUUUAGUUUAUGGGAUAUUUCAAAGCGUAAUUGUGUUUCAAGCUUCUGUGCUUCAACAAGUCCGUUUAUUCACUUUUUACCAGUCAGCGUGUUUAAUUGUCAAAGGAAUAGCCUGUGUGUAAGGGAGCAAGCUGAUGAACUUUUAGGAGCAACCCGUCUGUGGUUUAUGGAUCAGAAAGAACCCUGUUCGUUCCUUCCAUCAGAGGAAGGUGAUAUUGCCAUGUGGCUUCUGGUCUCAACCCCAUCUGAUAAUGAAUCUCCGCAUAAUUUUAUGUCAAGUCAUUACCAGAUAAACACAGCUAGAAGUUGGAGGCUCGCUCUUCUGGUGAAUAAUGACAUGAUUUUAGGAAGUUCCUUCAAUAUGAGUUAUGGAAUCAUCAGCUCACCUGAUGGAUUGGUGUAUAUUUGGGAAUUGUAUGGAGGAUCAAAACUCAGCACUCUUCAGCCUUUCCGAGAAGGCACUGCUACCUGUAUUGCUACAGAUGAAUCAAGGGGAGGUGCAUUGGGGGUGGCUGGUAAUGGUCAGUUGUUGGUUUAUGUGCCUCAUAAUGAGCUUGAUGCAGAAUAACAAAUAGAAAAUGACAAUGCCACCUAGCUAUCCUCAUUCGUCUAGCCGACAAGCUCUUGCAGAACUUAUAGCCUUUAUACUCAUGAACACCAUUUCUAGCUAUCAAGAAUACCUUCCUGAACUGUACAUAAUGUUCAUAUCUUGUUUGUCCUUUGGCCAGCAAUGUUCAUAUCUUUAGUUGCUACAAAAUUCUGCAAUUUUAUCUUACACUUGAGUAAUUACUUUUCAAUUUUGAU